UAGCAUUUCAGACCCUCACAAGAAAAAUCAUCCGAGGCUUUGAGUGAAUUCAAUUCCCAGCACAACAGCACUCUUCUCCUUGUCCUUUUGCCAACUCUUGAAGAAAAUGUCUUGCAAUUGCAGCUGUGGUAGUGACUGCAAGUGCGGUAGUGGCUGCAAAUGUGGCAUGUACCCUGACUUGAGCUACUCCGAGACCACUUCCACUGAGACCAUCAUUGCUGGAGUUGCACCGGUGAAGAUGUUCUCUGAGGGGUCUGAGAUGAGCUAUGGAGCAGAGAAUGACUGCAAGUGUGGCUCAAACUGCAGCUGCAGCUCAUGCGGCUGCCACAAAUGAUCGAAGCAAGCCAUGAUCUAAACUCAAAGAAGAAAGCUGUUAUGGUCUCUAUAAAUAAGAAAAAGACUGUAAAAGCUGGGUUUUAGAACUUACUGUAAAAUAAAAUUAGCCAUGAGAUUUGCAAAUCCAUGAAUCUCUAGCUAGCUAGGGUUUGGGAUUUGCUUUGUGGCUAGCUUAAUUAUCUGUAUGUUACAUCUUUCUUAAUUUAUGUGUUUCUUUAGCUUAAA